AUGUCGUCGUCUCCGUUGAACAACACUAUCCCCUCCGUCGCAAAUCCGCCGGACCCGGAGUUUCCCUUCACGAAACCAUCAAACACGACGUCGUCUUCUCUCUCUCCGCCUUCCUUCAUCGAACCUGCUUCUACGCCUCCGUACCCGGCGACGACAUUUAACGGCGACGGCUUGGGGAGGGCAGCGUUAACGGUGCUAAUUAUUGGAGUAGUUCUCGGAGCAACGAUUGUUCUUAUCGGAGUCUGCGUUUUCGUCUGUUUCUACAAAAGGAAGAAGAGGAAGUUAAAGAGACAAGAUGCUGAAGCUGCUAUUAAUGCAGAGUUACUAGCUUCUUCUUCUUCUGAUCCGAAAUUAGAGAAAGGGAGACCGGUAAUGGAGUGGGCAAAGAGGAUGAAGAUUGCUUUGGGUUCAGCUAAAGGAUUGUCAUACUUACAUGAAGAUUGUAACCCUAAAACAAUACACCGUGAUGUAAAAGCUGCUAAUAUUCUUAUCGACGAUAGCUAUGAGGCAAAGCUAGCAGAUUUUGGACUCGCCAGGUCUUCUUUAGACACUGACACUCAUGUUUCCACUCGCAUUAUGGGAACAUUUGGUUACUUGGCUCCUGAAUAUGCUUCUUCAGGGAAACUCACUGAUAAGUCAGAUGUCUUCUCGUUCGGAGUGGUGCUUCUUGAAUUGAUAACCGGACGUCGUCCUGUUGAUAAGUCUCAGCCUUUUGCUGAUGAUGAUAGCAUCGUUGAUUGGGCUAAACCUCUGAUGAUACAAUCUCUAAACGAUGGUACCAACUUCGACGGUCUUGUUGAUCCGCGGUUAGAGGAUAACUUUGAUAUUAGCGAAAUGACGAGAAUGGUUGCUUGUGCUGCUGCUAGUGUCCGUCAUUCAGCAAAGCGCCGCCCAAAAAUGAGUCAGAUAGUUCGAGCAUUGGAAGGAAAUAUAUCUCUAGAUGACCUAACCGAAGGAGUUGCUCCGGGAGACAGCACUAUGUACAGCUUAGACGGGAGCUCGGAUUAUAGCUCAACGCAGUAUAAAGAAGACUUGAAGAGAUUCAAGAAAAUGGCGCUUGAGAGCAAGACAUUUGGUAGCAGCGAAUGCAGCGGUUUGACCACAAGCGACAAUGGUCAGAACCCAUCAGGCUCCUCUAGUGUCACUGAAGGUCAACGUACAACGCAGGAGAUCGAACCGGAGAAGAAAACCGGAAGUGAGAUGAUAUAA